UCAUCGUCACCGCACUGCUGCAGGCACCUGCCAUUGCUCGGGGGUUCCUCGAAGUAGUAUCGACACCUACCUUGCCUUGGCUGCCGGCGUACCUACGUUCGUGCCUGUGCUUUGCCAGCCGGUACCAUUCCGUAGAUCUCACAGCAUUUCCAGUUUUUCAGAGAAACCUUUCCUCCUUCCUCGGAGCUCUUGAAAUGGCUUGAUGCCUGCAAGGCUGCAACCAUGCCAGGUCUCUCGAGACGCCGCCUCCUCUUGAUCGUGCCAUUCACCGUGCUUCUCUUCUCCGUUUGUGGCAACGGCGAGACGAGUGCAGAGGCUGAAGAUGGCGUUGCCAACGUCAGAUUGCUGCUUGGCCUCAACACUCUUGGUCCGAGGCCAUUGCCGAAGCAUCGUCACGGCCAUGGCGUCGCCCCGACUCCGGCACCUGCACCGGCCAGGGGUCGUGCUCACUUGCCGCUGCUCCACAAGGACGCGCGGCUCCCGGACCCGGUUCCCGGUAAAGUCACCCACAACCACAAGAGAGGAAACGGCACGGGGCAGAGCCCGCGCGACGGGGGAGCUGUUGCACACGGAGGCAAGAAAAGCAUGCAGCUAGUCGUCGUCGCGGCCGCCGCGGCGCUGUCCGGCGCGGUGGUGGUGCUCCUUGUCGGCCUCGUGGUGUUCCUGACGUGCAGGAAGGUCCAGAGGAGACGCGACGGGGCUGACCAGAACGGCGCCACUAACAAGGUGAGCUUCGACCCUGGCCCGAACCUGUUCUACCUGGACGCCGUCAAGCCGUACGUCGAGCCCGGGCACGAUGACGGGAAGGCGCCGGAGACUGCCGCACCGAAAGAAGACGAGCCGAAGCGUGAAGAAAAUGAAAAGGACGGUGCCGCUUGCUCGGACGACGAUGACGGCGGCGGGUCGGUCCACUCGUCCUGCUGCUUCCAGUCAUCGCACUUCGCCUACUCCGAGCUCCCGGACGCGAAGUUGCCAACCGGCGUGUCGCCGUCGCCCUCCUCCCGGUCAAGACGGCGGAGCUCUGCCCCUGUGACGCCCGCGGACAAGAAUAAGGUCGCAAAUGCUUACUCGCCGCAGUGCCCCCGCACGCCGGGUACGCCGAGCAAUCGGGACCGAGUGCGCCGUGCCCACUCCCCCAGCUCGUCGGAGUCGACGGCACGGCUAUUCGUUGGCGGUUCCCUGAAGUUUCCAGAAGUGCAGAGCAGCAGCACGCACCAAUCAAAGGAGGCAAAAGCAGAGGCAGGAACCGUGCGCUCGGACGCUUCAAGUGGCAAGACAGCGCCACCACCACCUCCUCCUCCACCGCCACCACCUCCACCUCCGUUGCUGCAGCCAGCUUGUGGUCCGGGCGUCGUACCACCACCUCCGCCACCACCGCCACCCCCUUUGCUGCAGCCAGCUUGUGGUCCGGGCGUUGUACCACCACCUCCGCCGCCGCCGCCCCUGCUGAUACUGAAAGAACAGAAUUUUCGGAGAAACGGUGGCCCGCCGCCGCCCGCGCCGCCAGGUAUGUCCAGGCUGAGUGCGCCUGUCGGGAAGAAUGGCACCGCGCUGCCUAAGCUGAAGCCGCUGCACUGGGACAAGGUGCGCGCCGCGCCCAACCGCCGGAUGGUGUGGGACAGAAUCCGAUCAAGCUCGUUCGAAUUGGACGAGCAGAUGAUCGAGUCACUGUUCCUGUACAACUCGAGGCUCUCGGCGAAGCACGAGGAGGCACAGAGCCGGAGCCCCUCGCUGGGACACCAUGUCCUGGACCCCAAGAGGCUGCAGAACAUCACCAUCCUGAUGAAGGCCCUGAACGCCACCGCCGAGCAAAUCUACGCCGCGCUGCUGCACGGGAGCGGCCUGUCGGUGCAGCAGUUGGAGGCCCUCAUCAAGAUGGCGCCCACGAAGGAGGAGGUCGAAAAGCUCGCCGCCUACGACGGGGACGUCGAGGGCCUGGUCCCGGCAGAGAGGCUCGUUAAACUGGUGCUCACCAUACCGUGCGCGUUCGUGCGAGUGGAAGCGAUGCUGUACCGGGAGACCUUCGCCGACGAAGUCGGACACAUCAGGAAAUCGUUCGCAAUGCUCGAGGACGGGUGCAGGGAGCUGAUGUCGAGCAAGCUGUUCAUGAAGCUUCUAGAGGCCGUGCUCAAGACAGGGAACCGGAUGAACGUCGGGACGGCGCGGGGCGGCGCCAUGGCGUUCAAGCUCGACACGCUGCUCAAGCUAGCCGACGUCAAGGGCACGGACGGGAAGACCACGCUGCUGCACUUCGUGGUCCAGGAGAUGACCCGGUCACAGAAGUCGCCCACGCGCGCUGCCGAGGGUACGGACAUCGCCACCGGCCUCGCCGCCGAGCUCGCCAACGUCAAGAAGACGGCCACCGUGGACCUGGACGUGCUCACCACGUCAGUCUCCAAUCUAUCUCAGGGCCUGUCCCGUAUCAAGGAGCUGGUGGGGAGUGACCUCUCCGGCGACGAACGGAAUGGGUGCUUCGUCUCCUACAUGGCGCCUUUCGUCAGCCACGCCGACGAGGUGAUCCGGGAGCUGGAGGACGGCGAGCGACGGGUGCUGGGCCACGUCAGGGACAUCACCGAGUACUACCACGGCGACGUCGGCAAGGUCGACGAGGCCAGCCCGCUCAGGAUCUUCGUUAUCGUCAGGGACUUCUUGGGGAUGCUGGAGAGGGUGUGCAAGGAGGUGAGGGGAGUCAAGAGCUUCCAUGCUUGGAAUCCUGUUCCAAGCAACGCAUGAUGCUGCCGAUUCUUGAUCAUCUCUCAAGAUUAAACAUAAUCCAUUACACUACUACAUAGUUCUGUAGUUUUUGUUCGUUAGACUAGAUUACUGAAUGAUGACGAGAUGUACAGUUGAUGAGUUCAUCAUAUCUAGGAUGAAACAGCCGCCACGUGAUGUCUGUUUGAAACAAACAAGUUGGUGUUCUGUUUGUUACCUUGUUUAUUCCUCUUCUGUCUCCUUACUCUUAUCUUUUUCCUGUUGAAUUUGAAAUUUUG